CCACAAACAAUCAAAGUUGUAUGCUUAGAGUGGGAAGCAGACAACUAAAAUACCACGGCAUUUUAAAAAGGAAUUGUAGACCAUUGAACAUGUUUGUUCUCAUCUUACCACUCCUUUCUUAAACACCAUUACCAACCCCAAGUCUUCUUGUCACCAUGAUGAUGCCUCGGCAGAGAGGAGAAAACUCCGAUGACAAUCAGUUCAGCUUCUCCGGGCCAAUGGCAACAAGGGGCUCUGAUGAGUUUGAGACAUGGGCAGAGAGAAUAAAGAGUGAUUAUGGUUAUUUUGGAAAAUCAGCGAAGAUGAAGCAGGUUGGUGCAUGGGCUAAGAGAAAUCAUGUAAACCCGGAUGAAGGAGAGUUUGCAUGGAUGGCUAAAGAAGAUGAUGAAGAUGUUCCAUCUCCUACUUUGUGGGAAAAGGAAGGAGGAUCCCCUGCUUCUAAAUCUGGUGAGGCUUAUCCAAUACUAGGACAUAGUAUCAGGUCUCAAAUGAUGGCUAGAUAUAGGAAGGAGAUGAUAGAUUUGGUGAGAGAUGCGCCGGAGAAUGCAUAUGAAUUGUCACUGAGAGAUAUAGUUGAGAUUCCUAGGCCAGUGAAGAGUGCUGAAUUGGAGGAGAAGAAGGGGGAGAAGGAGAAGGAGAAGGAGAAGGAGAUGGAGACAAAGAAGGAGACUAAGAAGAAGGGGGGAAGAAGGAUGGCAAGGAGUGAGAGUUUAGACACUGGUUUGCUUUUGAAGAUGUUUGUUCCUGCAACUAUGGGAAGGAGGAAGAGCUUUGGAGUUAAUGGUACCUGUUCAAAGGUAUCACCAAAGCCGGUGAUAGCUGAUGCCGAGAAGGGUGGAGGACCAGAGAAGGGUCCAGACAGUGAAUGGUGGAAGAAAACGGAAAUCAAUGAAUCAAGCGGAAGUAGUAGCAGUGGUAGCAGCGGCAGCGGCAGGGGCAGGGGCAGCAGCAGCAGUGGUCGCAGUGGUAGCACUGGCAGUAACAACAGCAGCGGCAACAGAAACAUUAACAACACCAAAAACAGCAAUACUGGUAGAAGGAAAAAAAAUGGGUGUUUACCAUUCCUCCACAUUUUCAAAAGUAAAAACAGGAGAACAUAAGAGGUGGCUUUGAAGAAGGGGAACCAUGUGAAAUUUCUUGUGAAAACCCUUGUUUUUAGUUCUGGGAGUAGUUGAUUCUAUGAUCAGAAUCUGGUUGCCAAACAGAGACACUGUGGCGUGGCAUGUAAAUUUUUUCCUCAAUUCUAAAACAAUGCAUUAUGUUUUUAGGCCAAAAUGCUCGAGUAUGCACUCUUUAUAUCAAAAUAGUGUGCAAUAUGUAACUAGAUGCUCGGAAUAAUAUGCUUCAAGCCAAUUAUGUUA